CAUGGAUAUUUACAAAAACAAAGAAAAGGAUCUUUCAUAAAGAUAUAUAUAUUGUAGAUGAAAUGGAUGAUAGUGCAAGAGGUCAGAUCAGAGUGAAAGCAACACUUAAAGAAACCCAUAUUCGCAAUAUAAAUUCAUCAUCAAAGUUUGAGGAUGUAAAGAACGAGGUACAGAGUUGGUUUCCAUUCCUGGCAAACCAGGAUGCCAAUUUGGAUUUAGUUUAUAAUGAUGAUGGUGAUGAGAUAACUAUCUCAACAGAAGAAGAAUGGAAGGAAACUUGUGAAAGAUUUGUGGACAGGACUCUAGGACUCCGCAUACGAGCUUCAUCGGUUUGUAGACGUAAACCUUCAUUCUCCGAAUCUACAAAGAGUGGCUGCAGCACAGUGUCUAUACUACAGAAUAUUGUCAAUACUGAUAACAGUCAGCUGACUAAUACAACUCAAGUCAGGAAACGUCUCUCCAGCAAUGUAAAUUCUGAAGUGUCUUAUCAGAUGUCUAGCAUUGUCACACAGGCUAGUGAUGACGUUUUCCAUAGACAGCAAACACAACAGGACAUUCCAUUACAAUCAAUGAGUCCCCUCCUACACCAAGAAACAUCAAGCUUUUCUUUCUCCAGAGGACAGGUCAAUGAAAGUGAUGAAGACAACGUGGACUGGCCACCUCACACAGGGGACACACUAGACAAGGUCAAGGUGAAGAGAGGUCCAAACUCUGACACUGUGGAUAGUACAGAAAGGACUCGAGAUACAACAAAUUCAUACCCAUGUGAUAAAAAAGGCAGAGUACUCAUUUUCAACAACAAGAGGUUUCCAUCAGAACCAGAAAUUAAUGGUGACUUUGAUACCACCUGUCUGUGCCUGUUAUUCAAGGACUUGAAAUAUGAUGUCAAAUCAUACACAGACCAAUCCGUACAGCAAAUACGAGAGAAAUUGGACAGGGAAAAAGACGCUUUGGCAAAAAAACAAUAUAGCUGUUAUAUUGUCUUCAUUCUGACUCAUUAUAAUCCACAUACUAAGUCACUGUCUGGAAGUAAAGGGGAGAGAAUUCAGCUGGAGGAAAUCACAGAUCGUCUGAAUGAGGAAGCGAGACUGGUUGGGGUUCCCAAGCUGGUCUUCAUUGAUGGUGUUAGGCAUGAUAUUCCUGAAACUUUUCCAAAACUAGGCAGUGUUGUACAGAGAACACCACUUAAGACUCCAUUAGUCGGAGAAUCAGACUCACCAUGGAGGGAAUUAGGAGUAGAUAGUACAGAUUCCUGCCCAUCAAACACCAUGGAUGACUUUUAUAUCUACAUGGCUGGGACACUUGGUGAAGGAAAGCCGAUAUACAAGGGUUCCUUGAUGCUGCAGGCAUUGGUAAAAGUCUUCUGCGAGUCCCUUCACAAGGACAGCCUCCAAGAAAUGAUGGUUAAGGUGGAACAAUUGCUUGGAGAAGCUCGAACCAAAUCAGAGCGAUUUAAAAUGCCAGAAUUGACAACAGAUACUUUGAAGAAGAAAGUUUAUUUCUCUGUGAACAUAUGAAAUGGAUCACCGACAUCAAUCAAACUGUGAUUUAUUACAUUGUGUGUGAUUCAAAUUACCUUCAGCAGGAUAUUUUUGUUAAAAAUGCUGUUGAAAAGUCAAAACAUGCUGCUCAUUUUAACCGUAGUUUUCUAGAGCUCCACUAUUUCAUGGCCAGGGUCUUAUAGUGAUACCCUCAGCCACCAUUAUGUCAUGUAAUCAAAUUUCACUACUACCCAUUUACUCUUACAUGGAUACUGAUAUAAAACAGCAAUCAAAAUUAUGUACAUGGAAGCUGUAUAAUGAUAAGAUGCUAUUUAAAGAAUUGUAUAAAUUAAUUUUUUGUUCAGGGUUUUUUUUUUUUUAUUUUUUUUCAGGAUUAAAUUACUGGAAAGUGAAAGACAUUUUAUGGUAAAAUGCUGUCUUUGGAUUUCUGACAAAUUUUGAUACUAAUGAUGCUGGUUAAUUUUUUGUAGACUUAAAAUGUUUUGAAUAUAAACCUAAAUAAGUCUGUGUUGUUUUCUGUAAAUGGUAUUCUGGGAUCAUGUAACAAUGAUAAAGUAAAAUAGACACAGAUUUUUGGUUUGGUACCGUUUAUUGUUGUUUUAAUCAACAAUUUACAACCAGGGUAAUUUAAGGACAUGCCAGGUUUGGUUGGUGGAGAAAAACCACAGACCUUCGACCAGUACGUGGCAACUACCCUAUGAAGGUCUCGAACCCAUGAUCAAGAGGUGGUGGGCCUGUCAUAUAGGCGCUCAGAUCACUUAAUCACUUAGCCAAUGUGCCCCCCUACAAUGAUUUUAGAGUUCGGGUUGAAAUGGAGGGUUUGGUAUAUUGUGUUAUGUUUAUCUUUUAUUCCUGAAUGAUAGUUCAUAUCAUAUAUAUUUUUUUCAGUUUACUAAUCACUGUUUGUUUAUUUCAAUGUAAAGAUUGAUUUUUUUAUGAUGUGUCAAAGUUUUAUGUUCAGACAUGUUUAUUGAUUAAACAUUCAUUAGAAUUGAGGAAGACAGGCCUGACACCAGUUUGUUUUAGUACUAUUUGCCAAAAUAUCUUUUCUAUGUCUGUAAACCUUAAUUCAAUAUGUCUAUGUUGUUCAUGUCAGCCAUCAGAUUUCUCAUGUAAUUGUUAUUGUGUGAUUUAAAUUGAACUAAAAUAUUGAAGCAUGAAAGACAUGUUUUUCACAGAAGUCAUUCAAUGAAGUUUCCUUUUAAAUUCACUUUUUGAGGUAUCUAAUUUUUUAGAUUUCCAUUUUAUCCUCAAAAAGAGCAAAAAAUUAGAUAAGUAAGAUAUAUAAACUGUAAAGUCUUUAUUUUUUGUGGGAGAUUUAUUUUCAUUGUUUUAGAUGCUACUAUAAAUCCAUGAAUUUAUUUCACCAUAAAAUAACAAAUGCAUAAAAGAUUGCAUAGAUUACAGUACUAGCAGAUUUCAUGGGCAAGAUUUAAACAUGAAUGAGGUCAAGUGCCAACCAAAAAAUACAUAUAUUUUUGGGAAACCAUGAAAUUUGAGCACCACAAAAAAUAAAUGAUUUUAAAGUAGUAUUAUCAACUCAAGUUCAGUUUUGAUUUUUUUUCGGUGAUAAGUAAAGAUGAUAUUGAUGAGGUGUAAACAGUAAUAGAAAUUGGGUUUGACAAUGGGAAUAAUGCGCUCAAUUAUCUUCAGUUUAUCCCUGCAGAUCAGUGAGUGAGAUUCAGAUCUUAUUGUACUGUAACUCAUGUCAUACCACGAAAGCUAUUAAUGUUAGAAACUGUGAUAUAUUUUGAGCCUACGGCUUGAUAACAUUUUAGUGACCAAAUCUUUUCUCUACUCCAAAUGAUUUUCUUUUCAUUUAAAUUACGUUAUCAUUUCCAGGAGCUCAUUGUUUAUACAGGUUUGUUGUAAGAUGUUAAAAUUUUAAAUGUUUAUGAGAUCAAGAGAAUUACUGAAAUCCAUAAAUUUUUAAUGUAUUUUUCUAUCAUGACAAUGUCAGUUGUCUAUGAACGACAAAGACUGGUUAGCCAGUGGUUAGGAUAAGGUGUCCAGAUUAGAUCUCAUGCAAGGUAUCAGGUGAUGACAUUUCAGUGUGAUGGCACUUUAAAAGUUUCAGUUAGUGGCCCCCAUUAUCCAUGGAACGUGUGUUCAUAUGAUGUCAGGUGUAAUGUGGACUCUAAACGUCAAACUUAACCCCUCCCCUGUUGAUAAUUAUAUAGUUGACGUUAUUGUGUGCUAAGUCAUACAUAAUAUAAAGAAUAUCACAUUGUUCCCUCUUUAACUGACCUAUUGUUUCUAUGAUUCAGCUUGUAAAACAUUGCAUUCUUGUAAGCUAUUUCAUCACUUUUUUGUUAGUAUUUAUUUUUUUCAUUUUUCUCUUUAUCUACUGUUCUAAAAGUAAUGAAAAAUGUAAAUAAAGGCAGAUUAGAAAUGUGAAAAAAAUAAAUAUCAGUCAAAAGUUGAUGAAAUUUGAUGAAGAAAUGAAACAUAGUUAGGUUGAAUUAUUUGGUCUUUACCAUAUCGACAGCUGCAAAUGUGUUUCAUUUUGUUUAUUAUCUGAAACGUGGAUAAUGACAAUCAUAGUAGGAAUGUGUAGAUAUUGUCUUAUAUGUAUAUGUAUUGUGUCCUAUUAAAAUUUCAUACACAACAUUGUUCACUACAUGUCAUAAAGAUUGAACAGAAAAUUCU